CGAUUCCGGACUUGUCCAAAAUUUUUUUUUGCUAACUUCUUUGUCAAUUGUUUUUUUCCGAAUCGUUAUUUAUACUAGCUACAUUGACAGAAGUUGUGUAUCUCUUUUGACAAGAAAUCCAGCUCAGAAAAGGGAUUUAACGCGUGCGUGUAGCGGUGGUGUACUCGCGUCAGAUUAGAGUUUCAAUUUCACCGCUUUUCAAUUUACGUCCUGCCAGACUUUUGAUCGGCCUCACCCUUUCAAGCCCAUCACUCUGCGACUCAAUUACCUUGAGUGUUUGUUGAGUAGUUGAGAAAGCUGCGAUUGAUACGAGGAUGUCGUAUGGGACGCGGAGACGGGCGGUGUUGUCGCCGGAUUAUGUAUGGCUGUUAAUCUACUCUGUCGGCGACCGGUCGCGGAUUCCAGCAAAUCGUCUGCUCGAGUCGAGUGAUCUCAAUGGACUGGCGAAGAAAGUGAUUACCGACGACAUAUACAAACCAGUCUCAAAGUCUUUUUUGACAUCGUCAUCAGAAACGACGGAGCGGAGACCGGUGGCAGCAAGAUAUUUCUCUUCGACACAGGAAAAGACGUUUUUCAUAGGCGAUUGCGUCGCAGUUGAUAUGGGAAUCAAGAGGCGGUUCUACGGCGUGAUUAUCGGGUUCGCGGGCGACAAUGACUUUGAACUGUUCUCUGCAAAAACUGCUGCGUGGACGGGUGGUGAGGAUCGCGAGGACGAGGAGGAGAGGGAUGAGAUUGCGGAGGCGGAUGCGAUCGCGGGUGUGGAUCGAGAUGGGCAGGUGACGAAGAAGAGGAAAGAGAUGAAGGUGCAUGUUCAGUGGCUACUGGCACGGGAUGAGCUACCGAAUGGAUGGCGUGUCUGCUAUGAUCAUAAUCGGGAACUCUUUGCUUCGGAGGAAACAGAGUGGUUACCACUUUCCUCGCUCGACCACGUUAUCUCAAUCGUCUCACCAACAAUGUACGAAAACAUGUACGGCGGCGGCCACGCCUCCCCGGCUUUGAAAACCGAUCCAAUGUGUUAUCAGUGCCACUACGCAGUCAGAGUACUGCGUCGGGAGAACUGGACGGAGAAAAAGGAGAAGGUGGUGUCGGCGCCGUUUGUGUUUUCGAAAUUUGACCGGAGGAAUGAGAUUGAGAGGUGGAGGGAGUAUUUGCGGAAUACGCUCGCGGAGAAGGCGCGGGAGAUGGGUGUGGAAGAGAGGAGGGUGGAGGAGGGAGAUGCUGGAGAGAGGCAAGAUGUGGAAGACCCCGAUGAGCCAGAAUCACAAUCAGAGUCAGAGGCAGAGUCAGAGGCAGAGUCGGAGGCAGAUGCAGAUGCAGAAGUACAAGCGGAAGGAACACCGACAAUACCCCCAAAUCAGCGAAGAAUAGCGACAAAGCGAAAAACUGCAGAGCAAAUAAAUGCAGAGAGAAUGACUGCAGAGCAAACAACGACAGAGCCAAGAAAGACAAGGCAAAGAAAGGUAAAGCGGCCAGUGGGACGACCUCGGAAGAUACCUCUUGAAGGUGAAGUUGCAACUCCGACGACUGUCAAAAGAGGGCCAGGACGGCCUCGCAAGGAUGGUACUAUUACUCCUGCGGUUAAACGAGGGCGCGGCAGACCUCGCAAGGAUGCUAUUACUACAGAGGCUGUCGAACCCGUCAAACGGGGGCCUGGUAGACCUCGCAAAUCUGUCUCUACCGAACCCCUGACACCUACCAAAAGCAAACCGUCUGAUGAUCCUCAGUCAAGCCAGAAACGAGGUCCAGGCCGGCCGCGAAAGAACCCUCUACCGGAGGCUUCGACUUUAGCAACACCGGAGAAGAGAAAGGUUGGUAGGCCGCGCAAGACAGAGGAAGGGGUGGAAGGCACGCCUAGGAAGCGCAAGGGAUCGGAGAUUUUGACGACGCCGAGGAAGCGGGAGAGGUUGGCGGAUAAUGAUUCACCGGGAUCCGAGUUCCGCACACCAAAGAAACAAUCGUUUACGCCGCUGCCGCGACGGAUGGUCGAUACCCCUACGCAAUCGAGUCCAGUGACACCCCACGUCGUAGCGCGGUCGCGUCUACAUGUGGCAGCAGCGCCAGAAGCACUCCCCUGUCGAGAGCGAGAGUUUGAAGAGAUCCAGACCGCGCUAGAGUCUGCAAUCAUGGAGGAGACCGGGAGCUGCGUGUACGUGAGCGGGACGCCGGGGACGGGCAAGACGGCGACGGUGCGAUCAGUGGUGCGGUUUUUGAAGGAGCAUUUCGAUUUCCAGUUUGUGGAGAUCAACGGGAUGAAGAUCACGCAGCCGACGCACGCGUACGAGAUGCUGUGGGAGGCUAUAUCGGGGAAGAACACGUAUGCGGGCUACGCGCUGCGGUUUCUGGACGAGGAGUUCAGCGGGCCGCCGAAGCUUGUGACGAAGCCGGUGGUGGUGCUGAUGGACGAGCUGGACCAGCUGGUGACAAAGUCGCAGGACGUGAUGUACAAUUUCUUCAACUGGCCGAGUUUGCCGGACUCGAAGCUGAUUGUGGUUGCGAUUGCAAACAUCAUGGAUCUGCCGGAGCGGACGCUGUCGAACAAGAUCUCGAGCCGGCUCGGGCUGACGCGGAUCCAGUUCGCGGGAUACACGCAUCAGCAGCUGCAGGUGAUUGUCGAGGAGCGGUUGAAGGGCGUGCAGGGGAACAUUGUGGCGCCGGAGGCGAUUGAGUUUGCGAGCAGGAAGGUCGCGAGCGUCACGGGAGAUGCGCGUCGGGCGCUGGAUAUCUGUCGACGUGCGGUGGAGCUCUCGGAGCAGGAGAGUGUUCCUGCGAUUUCUUCAACGACGGCGACUGAUGGCGCACAGCAGCCGCAGCGCGCGCAUCGAGUCACGAUCCAGCAUAUCAGGAAGGCGAUCAACGAGACGACUUCGUCGCCGGUCGUUCAGUUCCUGUCGUCGCUGCCGCUGACGUGCAAGAUGAUUCUGGUGGCGCUGAUCCAGCGAGCAAAGAUCAGUGGCGUGGCGGAGAACUCGGUCGAUUCAGUGCUGGAAGUUAUGAAUUUGAAGUUGCGCAACUUUGGCGGGUUGGCGGCGUAUGAGGGGUUAUUAUUCGGACCUACGGAUGCGUACGGACAGAUGGGUGUGGGUGGUGAAGAGGAGGUUGGGUAUAGAGCUCAGACGAAGAAGUACGUGCCAGGCGAGGUGCUGCUUGGUACGGCGGUGCGGGUGAGCGACGGGCCGGUGACGCGGGUGCGCGGGUUUGAGCGGGGGAUCGCAGAGUUGGUGGAGAGCGGGGUGUUGCUGCAGCAGAACGGGCGGAGCGAGCGGCAGCAGAGCAGGAUGAGUCGGAUCAGGUUGAAUAUCCGAGAGUCGGAUGUGGUUACUGCGUUGAAGGACGAUGGCGAGGUCGGCAGUUUUUUGUAGAUCUAAUUGAAGCUGCUGAACAGUUGAU